AUGAUCAACAACUUGAAUGCUGAAGCCGACAAGGCACAGAAACAACUUGACACUGCAAAUGAUGACAAGGAUGGCAAUGAAACAAUGAAACAGAAAUAUCAAGACGAAUUGAAGAGCGUUAGAACUGAACUUGAUCAAGAAAAGAAAGACCAUGCCAAGACACAACUGAUUAAAGGAAAGUACGAGAAAGAUAUAGCUGAAAUUACAGUCAGAGCCGAAACCCUUGAGAAGAAUGUCCAGAUGGCUGAACAAGAGAAGGUCAAGACUAUGAGAGAUUAUAAGGCUGCUUCUGAAGAAUUGAUGAGAACAAAGACAGAACUCGACGAGAAACAAGACGAAUGCGACAAACUUGAAGACGAUAUGUCUGAGAUGAAGACUGAAUUGGAAGCCCUUGAACAAGCUGCUAAGACUUAUAAACAGUCGAAGAACACCUAUGAGAAGAAGUUGACUGAGUUGAAUGAACAACUUGAUCUUGAAAGAACGACUGCUCAACAGACUAAAGCACAGAAGAAGAAAUAUGCAGACAAACUCAGAGAAGUGAUGGAGAACGAAAAUGAAUUUGGUGAAUAUAAGGAACAAGCUGAGAAGUCCAUUAACUCAUUGACUGUUCAAAAUGCUGAUUUACAGAAGGAACUUGAGAAAGAAAGAGCAAUGAAACAAGAGGCUGAUAAAGAAACUCAAAGACUUAGAGCUAAAGUCACUGAUUCAGAAGCUAAAUUGGCGGACGCCGGUGCUACUGGAGCUUUUAUUGCUAAAUUGAAAGCGAAAUAUGAAACAGAAUUGGAAGAAAUCGAAACAGAAAAGGAAGAAGCACAAAACGCGGUUGCUAAAGCUAAGAAACAAGCUAAACAGUAUGCUAGAAAGGUUGAAGAGGCUGAGAGAAAGCUUGCAGAAUUCGAACAGAAGGAGUCUACUUUCAACACUCAAAUUGGUAAGACACAAGCCGAUUUGAAGAAGACACAACAAUCAGUCAGAGAUGGCGAAUUGAGAAUUGCCGAGUUGGAAGAUCAGGUCAGAAAGGCUGGUGAAGAUCUGAACAACAAACAACUUGAAGUCGAUAAAAUUAAUGCUGAACUUAAGAAGACUAAAAACAGGUUGAAAAAGAUGCAAAAAGACGACAGCGAUUCGGAAUAA